ACUCAAAGAAGAAGAAGAUAAACCUUUGUUCAUAUAGUUGACUUGCACAACUUUUUUAUAACAUCUUAUGGAUUCUUCCUAUUAUGUUGCCUCUAAUAGUCACCUCAACAACAUUGCAAUUGCCGCCACAAUUGGCAAGGUAAGAAAUUAUAUACCCGAUGAUAUUGUCUUCUCUAUUCUAUCAAAAUUACCUAUUAAAUCUUUGAAGCGAUUUAUGUGUGUAUGUAAAUCAUGGUCUCUCUUAUUUGAAGACCCUCAUUUCAUGACCAUGUUUCGUUACAAAUUUAUAUGUAACCACAAUAAUGAAUCGCUCCUUCUACAACUACGUCUACCAUAUACGGAUGAUGAUGACUUGUAUGUGAAUAGGAUGUAUUCAUGGGACUUAGACUUCUUAGAAUUUCCUAUACCAUUCAUUCCAGGUAACAAAUAUUAUACCGAGUUGUAUUCUCUUUCUAGAAAGAGAUUUGUGAACAAGAUCAAAUUAGAUUGGCCAAAUCUACUUCCUAAUCAAGAGCAUAUAGUCCAAUUUGAUUUGCAUGACCCAUUUGAUUUUAAGAUUUUUGGUUUUGCUAGUGUUAAUGGCAUACUUUGUCUCGUUAAGUCUAAUCUUCGAAGUGUUCUAUUGUGGAACCCAACUACCAAAGAAUGCAAGGUCAUUCCUCCUAGCCCUAUUGAGUCGCGUCACCUUCCGUUGCCUUAUCAGCCUAUGCCGCAACUUGAUGUUUAUGGAUUUGGUUAUGAUAUUGUUAGAGAUGACUAUAAGGUGAUUCGUCAUGUAUCAUUUAUAUUUGAUUCAACACAAACAACUUACAACUGGGAGAUAUAUAGCUUAAGAAAUGACUCUUGGCGUAAACUUGAUUUUGAUAUGCCAACUUCCUAUCGAAGUUGUCAACAUGUCCAUGUGUAUGUGGACGGCGUGUGUCAUUGGUUGUGUGAUAAUGAAGAAGCAACUCAUACAUUAGGUGAAGCACGUUUGGUAUCAUUUGACUUGAACAAUGAGUCGUUCGUUAUCACACCGAUACCCUACAUAGAAGAUGAUAAAGAUUAUAACGUGUGGUGGAGAAAUUUGGCGGAGUUGAAUGGAUCCAUCACCUUGAUCACAUAUCAUGAGCAAACCACUACUUUUCACAUAUCAAUUUUAGGCGAACUUGGUGUGAAAGAAUCAUGGAUCAAAUUGUUCAUUGUUGGGCCUUUGUCUUGUGUUCAAAGUCCUAUCGGAAUGGGAAAAAAGGGGGAAAUAUUCUUCAUAAGAAAUGACCAUAAACUAUCUUGGUUUGAUUUAAAUAAUCAAACUGUUGAAGAGUUUGAUGGUGACGAAAAUUGGGGACGUGAUUAUACAUAUUACAAGGAAAGUUUUCUUCCAAUAGGAGGAAUAAAUAAUUAAUUAUUUUUCUUAAGUACAUGAUUGUGAACUUUCUAAUUGUCUAGGCCAUUUACUUUCUUUUUUUUUCGUGCAUUUUCUUCAUUGUAGUUUCGAAACCCAAUUAUGGUAUCAUCUUGUUACA